CUUUUUUUUUUUUUUUAUAUAUCAUCAUGUUAAUCAAAUCAACAUUAGCUGUUGUUGCUCUUGUAGCAACUAUGGUUUCAGGAUGUGAACCUCCUUGUCGACGUGGAGUUGCUCAAGCCUUCGCUGAUAGUUACGCACCUGUUGUACAAGACGCUGUAUCUCAACUUCAUUCUACCUUGAAAACCAACUUAUUCCAAUCCAUUACCGUACCUGUUCAAAUCACUUCUGUGGUACCCGAAGACUCUAUUAAAGAUGCUGUUCUUCGUGCUGUGCAAGAAACCUUGGAAAUUUACACUAAUCGUGCUACCGGUAAACCUUUGACUACUGGUAUUUACAACGUUAUGUUCAACGAACAAGAUCCAUUCAAAGGUGAUUGCAACCAUCCUAAACGAUUGAAUCGAACUAUGCCUCCUGAAGGUGUUUCAUGGACCUUGGACGAAUGCGAUCACAUGGAUUAUAUUUGUGGUAAUCCUCCUUCUAUUUGUUAUCAUUUGCAGAUGGUGAAAACACGUAUCAUUGGACGUAUCAAGAAUCAACUUACAGAUAACGCUACCUUCGAUGAUGGAUUAUUGGUGCAUAGUCUUGUCCUCAAUAUUAAACGUGCGGUUCACAGUGUGAUGACCCAUUACGGUGCUGGUUCAAUGACUGACAAUGUACAUGUGAUGGAGUAUGCCAAUAGCUUGGUCAGCAAUGCCAUCAAGACUUUGGGUGAAUGGGUUAAUACUGAUGUUCAAUCAUUAUGUGAUGGUAGUGCAAGCGAAAGUUCUCAUUGCUCUGGUUGGGAUCCUCAAAUCAAAUUGGAAAUCCUCAAAUGGCCUUGAUUGGAAUAUAUAGAUCUUCUUUUUUUUUUUUUUCUUUUCCUCAUAUAUACACCUACUCACAUAACACUAUAGUCACGUCCUCUUCUUCUCAUCACUGUCUUUGAUACAUGUACACAUUCAACUCACUUUUAUACAUCUAUAUAUAGUAGCCAUUUUCUUUUUUAGUGCUUCUUUUUUUCUUGGAUAUUUUUAUAAUAAAAGAAAAGAUAAUGAUGAAUUACAUCUACA